AAAGCAUCAAAGCCAUGAGAUAUAUCACUGCAGAUCAACUUGCGCAGCUCAUGAAAUCCGAGGGCAAGGUCCCAGAAAAGGAUUUUCUCGUAGUCGACGUCCGGGACGACGAUUACGCCGGGGGAAACAUCAAAGGGAGCCUCAACCAACCCUCAUCAAAGUUCUUGAUGAACGUCGACGGCUUGGUGAAACAGACUAAGGAGGUCCCUCUCGUUAUCUUCCACUGUGCUUUCUCCCAAGCUCGAGGACCAAAGGCUGCCCGCAUAUAUGAAGAAACGCGGUCCAAUAUCGGCAAAGACAUCGACCACGAAGUCAUCGUACUCCAAGGUGGCUUUUCACAGUUCCAAGCUAAAUACAAGGACGACCCAACUCUUGUGGAGAACUGGGAUAAGAACGUCUGGGAUUCAGAGUGGAGCUGAUCAUCCAUCAGCACCGUCGCAGAGGGAUCGGUAACCGGUCUGGAUCCUCCGCUAUACCCCUCGAACGGCAUACCGCACGUAGAAUGGAGUCUGCUUCUGGUUUUCAUUCCCUCUCCUCCCCCCCCCCCCCAGGCCUACAGUUUACGCAGGUGACUGGGUAACUGAGCUUUUCGUCUCCUCCACAGCCUGUUUUACGCUACGCUGCGGCAUGUUCUCAAUAAUUUUGGCGACCUUCUUCCGCUCAUCAGCAAUUUGCUUUUGCACAUACCACGUCCCGAGUGAAACAAUACUGAACGUCGCGAUGGCCCAAUGUCCCGCUAUCAUACGACCACAAUCCUCGAAUGACACCUAUCCCAACACCGCUAGCAAUCCCACUCAACAAGCUAUUCCGGGAACAUGGAAUUUCCGUUAUAUGUUUCACACUCU